AUGUCUCUCAUCCCUAGCUUCUUUGGUGGUGAACGAAGCAAUGUCUUCGACCCUUUCUCUCUCGACAUGUGGGACCCUUUUGAGGGGUUUCCCUUCUCAACCUCUCUCGCCAACGUCACUUCCUCCAGUGGUGAAGACAGUGCCAUAGCCAACACUCGAGUGGACUGGAAGGAGACGCCGCAGUCCCACGUGUUUAACGUGGACCUUCCCGGGUUGAAGAAGGAGGAAGUGAGGGUGGAAGUGGAAGAUGGGAAGGUGCUGCAGAUUAGUGGAGAGAGAAGCAGGGAGAAGGAAGAGAAAAAUGAUAGGUGGCACCGCGUUGAACGAAGCACCGGGAAAUUUUUGAGGAGGUUCAGGCUUCCAGAGAAUGCUAAACUAGAUGAGGUAAAGGCUGGCAUGGAAAAUGGGGUGCUCACUGUAACUGUGCCUAAAGUGGAAGAAAAGAAGCCUGAGGUCAAGUCAAUUAAAAUAUCUGGUUAG